AUGAGGACUUUCUUCCCUGCAGAAUCAUCUAAGGAGGAGCACUCAAGUUCUCUUAAUCCUCAAUCAUGGCUUCAAGUUGAAAGAGGGAAGCAUCCCAAAUUGUCAUCAAUAGAAUCUCUAAUCAAAGUCCAGCAGCCACCUGUGCUACCGUUCUUUAAACCUGUUGAUUAUGUCGAAGUUUUGGCUCAAAUCCAUGAAGAACUCGAGUCAUGUUCUUCUCAGGAACAGUCGAAUCUGUUUCUGUUUCAGUAUCAGGUCUUUAAAGGCCUUGGAGAUGUUAAACUGAUGCAAAGAAGUCUCCGGGAAGCAUGGCGGAGGGCGAAUAGUGUUCAUGAGAAGAUUGUAUUUGGGGCAUGGUUGAAAUAUGAGAAGCAAGGUGAAGAGUUAAUUGCUGGUUUGUUGACAGGUAAACGUCAAAACGAAUAUGGGCCGAUAGAUGUGCAAUCUCAUGUUUCUGAUGUAACGGUAAGUUCCCAGGAGAAGGUCUUGAUGAAUGGGAACAACACUUCACCGUAUGUUGUUUUUACGAUUGGGGAUGAGAAGAUAGUGUGUGAUAGACAAAAGUUUUCUGAACUCUCGGCGCCGUUUCACACAAUGUUAAAUGGGGUUUUCUGUGAAUCGGUUUCGGAGGCUAUAGAUUUGUCUGAAAAUAAUAUAUCUUCUUCGGGUAUGAGGGCAAUAAGUUAUUUCAGUAUGACUGGUACUUUACUUGAACAACUCUCUCCGAAGCUUUUGCUUGAGAUAUUAGUUUUCGCUAACAAGUAUUGCUGUGAUAGAUUGAAAGACGCAUGUGAUAGAAGACUUGCAACGUUAGUUACUUCGAAAGAAGACGCCGUCGAGCUCAUGGAAUAUGCUCUCGACGAGAAUUCAACUGUCCUUGCAGCUUCUUGUUUACAAAUCCUUUUACGUGAUCUUCCCCACUGCUUGAGCGAUAGUCGGGUGGUUGAUUUAUUUCUUCACCCUAAUAAGCAGCAGUUGGCAGUUAUGGUUGGUCCAGGUUUAUAUGCACUUUUCUGCUUCUUAAGCGAAGUUUCUAUGAACGUUAGUUCUAGUUCAGACACAACAGUUAAUUUUCUGGAAAGGUUAGCUGAUUUUGCUGAAAACGACAAGGAAAGACUGUUAGCGUUUCAUCGAUUGGGAUGUAUAAGGCUCUUGCGGAAAGAAUACGACGAAGCUCGUUGCCUUUUUGAGAGAGCUGUUAAAGCAGGUCAUAUUUAUUCUGUUGCCGGUUUAGCUCGACUCGACUCUAUACAAGGGGAGGGGCAUAUAUCUUAUGAGAAGAUCAGCUCGGUCAUUUCUCCUGUCACUCGACUUGGAUGGAUGUACCAAGAAAGGUCACUUUAUUGUGACGGUGAUUUGAGGUGGAAAGACCUUGAGAAAGCAACUGAAUUGGACCCUACUCUUGUAUAUCCCUACAUGUAUAGGGCUGCAUCUUUAAUGUGGACAGAGAAUUCUCAAGGCGCACUUGCUGAAAUAAAUCGGAUACUUGGCUUCAAGCUUUCGUUAGAAUGCUUGGAAUUGCGGUUUUUUAUCUAUCUGGCUCUCGAGGAUUACAAAGCAGCCCUUCGCGAUGUUCAAGCAGUUCUUACUCUUUCUCCAAAUUAUAGAAUGUUUGAGGGACGCGUAGCUGCUUCUCAACUCCGUACUCUAGUGCUUGAACACGUUGAACAUUUGACGACGGCAGAUUGUUGGGCACAAUUAUAUGACUGUUGGUCUGCUGUUGAUGAUAUUGAGUCGUUGUCUGUUAUUUACCAGAUGCUGGAAUCUGAUGCGGCAAAAGGUGUUCUAUACUUCAGACAGUCAUUGCUUCUUCUAAGGUUAAACUGUCCUGAGGCUGCCAUGCGGAGUUUACAGUUAGCUUGGCAACAUGCAUCAAGUGAGCAUGAACGACUUGUAUACGAGGGGUGGAUCUUGUAUGAUACCGGUCAUUAUGAGGAAGGGCUCCAAAAAGCUGAAGAGUCUAUUUGUAUUAAAAGGUCUUUUGAGGCCUUUUUCCUGAAGGCAUAUGCAUUGGCCGACUCCGGUCUUGGUUCAAUAUGUUCUUCAACUGUUAUUUCACUUCUUGAAGAUGCCUUGAGGUGUCCUUCCGAUAAUCUGCGCAAAGGUCAGGCCUUGAACAAUCUUGGAAGUGUUUUUGUCGACCAUGGGAAACUGGACCAAGCAGCCGAUUGCUAUAUCAAAGCCUUAAAAAUCCAUCACACUCGAGCCCAUCAGGGUCUUGCGCGUGUUCAUUUUCUUAAAAACGACAAGGCUGCUGCUUACAAGGAAAUGACUGAACUUAUUGAGAAGGCAAAAAGCAACGCGUCGGCGUAUGAAAAGAGAUCCGAGUACGGCGAUCGUGAUCUUACAAAGGCAGAUCUAGAGAUGGUCACUCGAUUAGAUCCGCUUCGCGUCUAUCCUUAUCGAUAUCGAGCCGCAGUUUUGAUGGACAACCAUAAGGAACAGGAAGCCAUUGCGGAGCUAUCAAGAGCAAUAGCAUUUAAAGCUGAUUUACACCUCUUACAUCUCCGCGCGGCAUUCCAUGAACACAAAGGCGAUGUGCUAAGUGCGUUAAGAGACUGUCGAGCCGCACUCUCGGUGGAUCCAAACCAUCAAGAAAUGUUGGAACUUCACACCCGUGUUAACAGCCAUGAACCGUGA